GAAGAUUCCUAACUGAGUGAAAUGACCCGGAAGUAUCAAAGUGGCAGCCAUGAUAAGAGUUGGUCGAAUUCUCUAAAUGCGAAGGAAAGAACCAGCAUUAGGUGGCAGUCAUUCCACUAAUAUGGACAAGUACAAACUGGUGGAGAGAAUUGGGAAAGGUGCAUUUGGAACGGCCAACCUUGUCAAAUCCAAAGAGGAUGGACACCAAUAUGUCAUCAAGGAGAUAUAUGGCAUAUCUAGAAUGUCAAGUAAAGAGAGGCAGAAAGCUCAAAAAGAAGUUGAAGUCCUCGCCAACAUGAGUCAUCGCAACAUUGUCCAGUAUAAAGAGUCUUUUGAAGUGAAGGACUGUCUGUGUAUUGUGAUGGACUACUGUGAGGGAGGAGACCUCUUAGAGAAGAUCAACUCUCAGAAAGGAGAACUUUUCUCAGAAGAACAAAUCCUGGACUGGUUUGUGCAGAUUUGUCUGGCACUAAAGCACAUCCAUGAUAAAAAAAUCCUCCACAGGGACAUUAAACCAGAGAACAUAUUUUUGACAAAAGACGGAACUGUACAGCUCGGGGACUUUGGAGUUUCAAGGGUGCUGAACAGCACUGAAGUACUGGCAACAACAAUCAUAGGAACACGACUUUACCUUUCACCAGAGAUCUAUGAGGACAAACCAUACAACAACAAAAGUGAUAUUUGGGCCCUCGGCUGUGUCCUGUAUGAAAUGUGCACUCUUAAGCCUGCAUUUAAUGCUGACAAUAGCAUGCACAUGGAGGUGAAGAUAGUCCGUGGCUUCUACCCUCCAGUGUCUGAUCACUACUCCCAGGAACUGCGUUCUCUCUUGGAACAGCUGUUGAAACCCGACCCCACAGAGAGGCCCUCAGUCAGCAGCAUACUGGAAGAAUCUUUCCUCUCUUGUAGGAUACAGAGGUUACUCACACCACAGGCGGAGAGCACAAUCAUUGCUCAGGAAUUUGGCCUUGCCUUUCUUUACAAGCAGCCUAAAGUGGGUGAGGUGCAGGGGUCACCAGAACCAGCAUUAGGUGGCAGUCAUUCCUCUAAUAUGGACAAGUACAAACUGGUGGAGAGAAUUGGGAAAGGUGCAUUUGGAACGGCCAACCUUGUCAAAUCCAAAGAUGAUGGACACCAAUAUGUCAUCAAGGAGAUAUAUGGCAUAUCUAGAAUGUCAAGUAAAGAGAGGCAGAAAGCUCAAAAAGAAGUUGAAGUCCUCGCCAACAUGAGUCAUCCCAACAUUGUCCAGUAUAAAGAGUCUUUUGAAGAGGAGGGCUGUCUGUAUAUUGUGAUGGACUACUGUGAGGGAGGAGACCUCUUAAAGAAGAUCAAAUCUCAGAAAGGAGAACUUUUCUCAGAAGAACAAAUCCUGGACUGGUUUGUGCAGAUUUGUCUGGCACUAAAGCACAUCCAUGAUAAAAAAAUCAUCCACAGGGACAUUAAACCAAAGAACAUAUUUUUGACAAAAGAUGAGACUGUACAGCUUGGGGACUUUGGAGUUUCAAGGGUGCUGAACAGCACUGAAGAACUGGCAACAACAUUUGCAGGAACACGACUUUACCUUUCACCAGAGAUCUAUGAAAACAAACCAUACAACAACAAAAGUGAUAUUUGGGCCCUCGGCUGUGUCCUGUAUGAAAUAUGCACUCUUAAGCGUGCAUUUAAGGCUAGUGAUAAGAAGGAUCUAAAACUGAAGAUCAUCAAUGGCCCAUACCCUCGCAUGUCUGAUCCAUACUCCCAAGAACUGUGUUUUCUCUCGGCAUGGCUGUUGAAACCCAACCCCACAGAGAGGCCCUCAGUCAGCAGCAUACUGGAAGAACCUUUCCUCUCCUGUAGGAUACAGAAGUUACUCACACCACAGGUUCAGUCAGAGACACUUAUAAUGUCUGACAAAAAAGGAACACUUGUGUCUGAGCAUGAAAGGAGAAGAAAGGAGAAGCAAGAAGAUAAAGGUGCAUCAAUCAUCUCUACUGCUGGUGCAGAAUCUGGUUAUGUAACCCAAGAAGCUCACAGUGCUGGUGUCGGCUGCGAGGAGGGAAACACUCCCUCUAGAACCGCUCUGUGUGGGAAACAUGACAGCGAGACAAAAGCUCAAAGCUGUGUGUCCAUGAAGAGUGAUGAUUCUAAGGAUUGGAUUAUAUCAUUUAAAGAUGGACAAUCUGCUGGUGCAUCAAUCAUCUCUACUGCUGGUGCAGAAUCUGGUUAUGUAACCCAAGAAGCUCACAGUGCUGACGGUCAACAGUACGAGUACGGCGAGGACCUCGGGGUGACAGCGGUGGCUCUGUACAACUACCAAGCAGCCGGAGACGACGAGAUCUCCUUCGACCCCGACGACAUCAUCACCAACAUCGAGAUGAUCGACGAGGGCUGGUGGCGAGGCAUGUGCAGAGGCGCAUACGGCCUUUUCCCGGCCAAUUACGUGGAGGUUCGGCAAUGAUGUCGCCCCGCCCGCCAAGAAGAAGAAGAAGAAGAAGAAGAAGUUUUUCAAAUCCCCCUUUUUUUCACACUCGGGUCUUUUCUCUCUUCACCUCAUCGUAGCGCUUCGACACCGUGCGAGACGUCUCCAUAACCGGCUUUUCUUUUGCUUCUUUUCAUCCAUCCCUCCUCCAGCUUUUCCAUUUUUUUUUUCCUUCAUUCCUCUCCGUGCAGCAGUUAGACAGGAAGUUAUCUUAAAGGAUGACUCGAUACCAAGAGAAUAAAUAUAGAACUAAUUAUCUGGGCUUAAAAAAAAAAAAAAGGCACAAAGCGUCGUCCUGCACUUCUGCUUUGCACCAAUCAAAGCUGCAACAACAUUCUUCUUCUUCUUCUGCCUCGCAGCUAGAAGUUUGAAGCUUUAUUAAUAUUUUUUUUUCUCCAGAUAUUGUAUUAGAGUUCAGCUUCACAGCAUCAGGUAUUGUUGCUUAAUCACAUGUUGGAGCUGCUCACUGUUUAGUAGCUUCAACUUAAUAUAAGCAGAAGCAGUUAAAGGUGGAAAAACAACAACAACAACAACAACAACAACACUGCCUUGGA